AUGUUCAUGUCUCAAAAGUGGCAAUCCUCUCAGUAUACACCUCUUCUCUCACAGCAAGUUCUCUCCUCGGAGGUGGUUGCUGAUGGCUUUGAUGAAAAAAUUGCCGAUUCAAUGAAAAGUAUAAAAUUGUCAAUUGGUGAUUUGUUGGCAAAGAAUGAUGAGAUUGUUAGGGAAAAGAUCAAUGUGAGACAUUUGGAGAAGGUUGAAAAGAAUGGAAAACCAGUUUUGAUUUUAGAAAAUGUCUUGUUGAAGGAGGAAUGUAAAUUAUUGAUUGAAUUGAGUGAAAAACUUGGAUAUGAAGAUGCUGAUUCGUAUUGUUAUGCUUAUAAUGAUAGAUUCAAUGAUAGAUUGAUGGUUGAUGAUGAUGCGUUGACACAAGUGAUAUGGAAUAGAGUGAAGGAUCACUUGCCACAAGAAUUGAAUCAUCAUGGAAUGGAUAUGACAUUGCAUUCAUUGAAUAAUCGUUGGAGAUUGUGUAAAUAUAAGCCAGGUCACUAUUUUGGAACUCACACUGAUGGUACCUAUUCCAAUAGAAGUAAUAGAACCAAGAGUGCAUUGACAUUUAUGAUCUAUUUGAAUUCACAAUUGGAGGGUGAUUUUAAGGGUGGAUCGACAAUUUUCUUUGAGCAAUAUCAUAGAAAGGAGACUGCCAGAGUUAUUGAGAGAUCUGGAACUUGUAUUGUUUUUCCACAGGAAGAUAUGGAUAUGUUACAUUGUGGAGAAAAAGUAACAGAUGGCGUCAAGUACAUCCUCAGAACUGAUACCAUGUUCAAAAUUAAGCAAAGCUCACAUCACUAA